AUCUCAUUUCUGUGUCAUUCAGUGUGCAUUUUGAUGAGCCAUGGUCAUUUUGCGGGAGGGCCUCUGUCCUGGAUUAUCAGGUGACAUGAUUGGAACUUUGAAAUUAAACAAUGUGAGAACAGUGGUUGACCUAGUCGCUUCUGAUUUAGAGGAACUCGCUCGAAAAUGUUCUCUUUCAUACAAGACUCUUGUAGCCGUGAGGAGAGUCCUGCUUGCUCGGUACUCUGCAUUUCCUUCCAAUGGAGCGGAUUUGUAUGAAGAGUUGAAGAGCUCCACUGCCAUUCUUCCAACAGGCAAUGCUAAGCUGGACUUCAUCUUGGAUUCGGGUUUAUAUACAGGAGAAGUAACAGAGAUUGCUGGAUCAGCCGGCAGUGGAAAGACGCAGAUUUGCCAGAGCAUUGCAGUUAAUGUGGCUUACACUCUGAAGCAGAAAGUACUUUAUGUUGACACUACUGGUGGACUAACAGCCACCCGCCUCCUGGAGUUAGUACAGUCCAGAACACAGGAGGAAGCAGAGCAGAUAGCAUGUUUACAAAGGAUCGAGGUGGUCAGUGUUUUCGAUGUUUACAAGUUGUUAGAUGUCCUCCAGGACCUGAGACAAAACAUUUCCCAACAGCUGUUAAGAUCUGGAGAUCCACUGAGAAUUGUGAUUAUAGACUCUGUUUGUGCUGUCAUUUACCCACUUCUUGGAGGCAAGCAGACCGAAGGAAUGGCAAUGAUGAUGCAUCUGGCACGAGACCUACAGACCCUAGCACAUGACUUCAGUCUAGCCGUGCUUAUAACCAACCAUAUCACUAAGGAUGGAGCCACCGGGAUUCGCCCUGCGCUGGGCCGUUCUUGGAGCUUUGUCCCAAGUACACGCAUUUUGCUGAAGAGGCUGGAGGGUGGCAAUGAAAGUGAAUGUCGUGUUGUAUCCCUUGUCAAGUCAUCACGACAGCCCGCCAACCUGGAGGUGGAGGUGCAGGUUGGAUGCUCUGGAAUACUGGAUGAGAUUAGUGCAGGCACCGAAGCUUCAUAGUGACGGCUCCCACAGCAUUAUCCUGUCUGGAUUGCCUAGACCCUUGGUU